UUAGAACUGAAUAAAUAUACAUUGAAAACUUAAAUUUCUAAUAAAUUCAGAACACAAUUUUGAGAAAAAUUCACAUGUUAAUUUAUUUUACAUAAUGUCAGGAAUAAACACAUUGACUGACAGUAAUGAUAUGAAUUAUGGUAAUAAUAGUGCUGCUGCUGAGGAUGAUAUUUCAAGCAGUUCCAUGAAACCAGUUGCAUCAGAGAUAAAACAUCCCUGGGAUUUCAAUGAAUUUACCAAUAUAUUCACACCCAUGAAUGAUACAGAAGUCCAGUUAUAUUCACUAAAAGAUUAUUCAAAAGUACGCGAAAUCUCUGAACAAUUUUAUCUAAUUCUAUUUUUUGUAUCCAUUGGUUAUACACUUAUAAUUGCAUUUCUUACAUGUAAACAUAAAAAACCGACAGAUCAUCAUAAGCAUACUACUGACCAACACAUUACUAGUAGUAUACAUCACAAUAAACAAAAACAUUAUUUUGUCAGAUUUACAACUCUUUGUCUAAACUAUUUAUCACAGUAUCCUGGAUUACCAAAUCCACUGGAUUUCAUUGUCUAUAAGCGUAUUCCCUACAUUUAUACCUCAGCUUAUAUGUGUGCAUUUGUUCUAAUCAGUGGAAUUUUCACAGAUAAUUAUCAUGUCAGACAAGUCUACUUGAAUGCUCCACUAUGGAUGAUUGUCAUCUACAAAAUCUUUGUGAUAUGCUUUCUGUCAAUCACUUUACUCCCGGUGUUUUUAAGUAUCACCUACGGCGGUCUAUUCGCUUGGAUAUCUGGACUAAUCUAUUGCCUAUUGAAUUUAGUCUUCCUAUUAAUGUCUAUUAUUAAAAUCCUUAUGAAUGAUAGUUAUCAAACAUUAUCUCGUGUCUCUAUGCUAUUACCAACAUUACUGGCUUAUCUCAUUCUGUGCAAUUAUUUUCUCUAUCAAAUUAUUUACAAUUUUAAACAUUUACGUCGUCAUGUGUUUAAAUCAUUCCCGCCAAAUUCAAACUCUUAUGUACAAUUUGUUAUGACAUAUGUACAGAAUAAAUUGAAUACAAAAUCUAAACGACACUAUGCAUAUCAGUGUAAGGAUCAGGUUAAUCAUCUGGAGAGGAUAGAUUCAAAUUUCUCGUGUAACUCUUCUACACAAGCAACAAUCCCUGAUAAUACUAACAUUCAUGUUGUGCAUAGUACAAGUCAUAGGUUUUUAUCGAAUACAAAAUUCAUCGAUCAUUUAACCUUUGAAUUAUUGAAAUUACCGCGUUGUUUAUAUAAUUUCUGUUAUCCAACUGGUUUAAUAUGGAGUAUGGGUGUUAGUAUUAUGCUGCAUUAUUUUCUCACUAUACAGUCAAUAUCCUAUAUGAUGAAUUUAAGAGAUCUUGGCAAGAAGUAUAUUGAAACAUUGUACCCAUCGAUGAGAAUGUCAUUAAAACAAAAUUUGUGCUUUUCAAAUGUUAAAUAUAUAUUUGGUUUAUUCAAUUAUAGUUCCAAUGUCACAUCAUUAUCAUCGCCAUCAUCAUCAGAGUCACAUUCGUCGUCUUCUCCGCCAGCAUACAGAAGUCCAGUGAAUCGUAACCACCUGGAGUAUGCCUUCGUUUAUUAUUGUAUCGAUAUAGUAUGGAUAAUCUUUUUAAUGAGUAUUACUAUGGCUUUGAUUGUUAACAUGUAUAAUAUUUGUAAGAUUCUGUUGAAUUAUCACGAUUUAUCUCUGUCAGUUUAUGCCAAAGGCUUUUCAUGUCUACCUGAGAUUGAAAAGUGUAUGAAUCCAGUCCGAAUCACCUAUGGAUGCAUUGUAUUUCCAAGUUAUCAGAUCGCGGCACUAGUCUGUGGCUUUUAUCUACAAAUAAUCCUCUACUUCCUGGUGAUAUGCUUCGUAUUCUUUUUGCUCUCAUUCAAUCUCUUCACACCAUACACCUUCUUGAUUGAAAUACUAUCUCAUUGGUGGCCAGAGAUAAUUAUCAUCUGUGCAUCGGCAAUUAUUCAAAGACUAGUUAUCCAAUAUGCAUAUACGCAGAGUAAUGGUCAAGCGAUUGGCUUUAGAAAUCUACGCUCCUUACAUCAAUUCAUGUAUAUAUCUAGUUUUUAUAAUAUAUUCUAUGGGAUAAUUAGUAGCCUGUGUCGAAUACUAUUGUAUCCAAUUAGUAGUGCAGUAAGUUUAGCUCGACUAGAUGUCGCCUCGUUGACAGCAACACCGCGUUGUGCAGAUACAGGGUAUAUGACAUUUCUUGGCUUCCUGUAUGCUGAUGUGAUGCACUUUAAUCCAUGCCUACGUCUAUUUAUUUGGAUAGUAAUGGAUGCCUGUUUAAGGCGUAGACAUUUCCCACUAUAUUCUAGUCAACAAUACGAUACAGCUUUUUUAAUGGAAUUUGAAAGUUUUCGUAAGUUCUUCCAAUUAACUGAUACACCUGUGAAGGAAGCGAAUCAUCUGUCUUAUUCUUCACCGGAUAGCUAUUUAACAACAACCUACACUUCAUCAAAUAAUAAUCGAAGUAUUUUAUACAAGGAAAAAGGUGUGAAGAGUAAGUUGGGUAUGCAUUGCUGCUGUUUAUUUGAGAUGAAUGAAUUAAAGGCAUGCAGUGUAAUGAAUGCGCAUAGAAGAAGAAUACUCAUUCGUAAUCGUUGGUUUUUAUACUAUACACUUGUACGUAAUCCUCAACUUUGUUCACAUAGAAGAAUGGAUCCGAUUUGA